AAAACAACCUGCGUCACACAUGUAAGAAGAUUAUGGACAUGGUAUCUGACCACAUCCCGUGGUUUGGCAUGGAGCAGCAAUACACCUUACUCGGAAUCAAUGGACACCCAUAUGGAUGGCCUGAUAAUGGCUUCCCUGGACCACAAGGACCUUACUACUGUGGUGUUGGAGCUGACAAGGUAUAUGGCCGAGAUAUUGUGGAGAGUCACUACAAGGCCUGUCUGUAUGCUGGAGUCAAAAUCCUUUUGGAAUGACCUUUGGAACUUGAUAGAAUGUGGAUUGUCCACAAAGUUAUCACUCAAGUUCUGCAACAUCAGUCUUUCCCCUCUCUAGACCGUCUAGUUGACAACAAGACUGGGUCUCAAACAUCUUCUAGUUGAAGGAGUUUCUGAAGAAUUGAAUCCUACUGCAGAAGUUGGCAUUGACCUUGUCUCCUUUAUUACAGUAGGAGUUCCAGGUUGGCCCUUGUGAAGGCAUAGACAUGGGUGACCCAUUUGUGGAUGGCUCGAUUCAUUCUCCAUACAGUAUGUGAAGAUUUUGGUGUGGUGGCAAGUCUUGACCCCAAACCCAUAACUGGAAACUGGAAUGGAGCUGGAUGUCAUACAAACUACAGCACCGCAGACAUGAGGAAGGAGGGCGGCCUAAAACACAUAGAAGAUGCCAUUGAGAAACUGGGUAACCGGCAUGAUUACCACAUCUGCGUCUACGACCCACGUGGAGUGAAGGACAACUCUCGAUGUCUGACCGGUCAGCAUGAAAGCUCCAGCAUCCACAAGUUGUCAGCUGGUGUGGCGAACUGCGGCGUCAGUAUUAGAAUUCCCCGCCAGGUUGGACAGGAAGGAUUUGGUUACUUCGAAGAUCAUCGGCCAGCUGCCAACUGUGACCCAUACGCUGUUACUGAAGCCCUUGUGAGGACAACCAUACUGAACGAGACUGGCAGUGAAACGAAAGACUACUAGAAUAAUUAACCUGGGGGCUGGAUCCGC